AUGGAGUCCUUUCUCGGUCUCGAUCUCACAAGGAACUAUUCCUUCUUCACAGUCCCAGCUGCAUUCUUCAUCGUCACGUUCCCUCACGCCUACACCAUCACCGCAGGUGCCAAAGGGACCUACGACAACUGUAACCCUCGCUCUCACAAGGACAGAAUCGCCAAUUGCCAGACUCUUGAUAAAUCUCAUAAACAAUUCCUCCUCCGUGCAAAAGCUGCCACAGAAAACGGCCUCGAAACUAUCGGUUGCUAUGCCGCAGGCAUCUUGGCCGCAAAUUUCGCAGCUGUACCAGCGCCAACAAUCAAUAUCCUUGGUCUCGGCUAUGUUGUGAGCCGUCUCCUGUACAACAUCGCUUACCUGUGGUUGCAGGAUAAUCCCCGACUAUCACGGUCACCAGAGACUGUUGGCUUUCAGUCUUCUGAAGUACAAAACUCCGAAUUCCCGCCUGGUCUCACAGUUCUCGACCAUUUUAUUCGUCUUGUGCAAUUCUUUGCCUCGGGUAUAGUAGGUGGAAAUCACAUCUGCCGAUUCCUUGCACGGCUCUUCGCCUACUGCACUUGA